AUGAAGCCCGUCCUCCUCUUGUUGGGCGCCUUGGCCUUCAUCGCCACCGCCCCUCCACAAACACAGGCAGCCAAGCCCCCACUACCCUACGACGCAACCAACCAUCACUACUACACCGUCAAGAUCAACAACCUGGACGUCACCUCGCCCCAGGAGAUUGCCCGCCAUCUUGGAGUCGAGUAUGUCGGUCAGGUCGGCGAGCUUAAACAAUACCAUCUCUUCAGCUAUGAAAAGACGACCCAUGAGAAGCGAGCUGAUGUCGGAGAGGUCUACGGGGAACAACAGUUCAACUCCACUAGCCAUGAUAUUGUGCUUCAGAGAUACCAGCAACUCAAGGGGUCCAAGACGUUUCUCAGGGAGUUGUUGCAGAGGACUUAUGCCAGCCAGUUGAGCAAACGUGGAGAAGCAGGAGCAGGAGGAGAGCAACAUAACUUACCGGGCGUGAUGAGCCUGCAUCCAUUGGGACCUAUCGACAAGCAGGUCCUGAGGCGACGGGUCAAGCGUGAGUUGGUUAUUAAUGUUGACCGUCGAGACGAGCACGUCAAGGGAGAGACGCAACCUCAGGAUGGCACGGCGGAACGCUUUGGAAUCAAGGAUCCGGGCUUCCAAUAUCAGUGGCACUUGGUGAGUGGCUACAUCGCAGGGUGCUUUCAGGGACAGGAUAUGGAGAAGGGCUCACCUGGCAACGAUAUCAAUGUGACAGGAGUCUGGCAGCAAAACAUCACAGGGAAAGGAGCUAUUGUGUCUAUCAUUGACGAUGGUCUCGAUGCAGAGAGCGAAGACUUGGCCGUGAACUUUUACGCAAAGGGAUCACAUGAUUUCAACGACAAUGUCGAUAUUCCACUUCCUCGACUCUGGGAUGAUAACCAUGGAACACGCUGUGCCGGAGAAAUCGCAUCUGCCAGAAACGACCUCUGUGGAGUCGGAAUCGCAUGGGAUGCAAAGGUGGCAGGCGUCCGCAUCCUCUCAGGACCUAUUACCGAUGUCCAGGAGGCAGAGGCACUCAACUAUAAUUACCAGGAGACUCAGAUCUACUCCUGCAGUUGGGGCCCCACCGACAACGGUAUCGAAAUGGCAGGACCCACUGGACUCCUCAUGGAGGCCUUUGUCAACGGUGUGACCCAGGGACGAGGCGGUCUGGGUAGCAUCUACGUCUUUGCCACUGGCAACGGAGGACGGGAUGGCGACAAUUGCAACUUUGACGGAUAUACCAACAGUCGCUACACCAUCUCCAUCGGCGCCAUAUCUCGGGAGAACCAUCACCCUGAUUACUCUGAGUCUUGCUCUGCACAAUUGGCCGUGACUUAUAGCUCUGGUGACGCCAGCUACAUCUACACUUGCGACCGCGGCAAGAGAAACUGCUUUGAGAGACACAGCGGAACAUCUGCUGCUGCGCCUAUUGCUGCCGGUAUUUAUGCCCUUGUCCUGGAAGUCAACCCUCUUUUGAAUUGGCGUGAUAUCCAAUAUCUGACAGUGCACACUGCCGUUGUAGUGGAUGAAAACGAUCCAGACUGGCAGGAAACUUCAACGGGACGGUUGUUCAACCACAAGUAUGGAUACGGAAGUCUGGACGCCUAUGCUAUUGUGGAAUAUGCCAAGACCUGGGCCUCUGUCGGUCCUCAGGUCGCCUACGAGUCCCCCGUCAUCCAUGUGAACGGCGACAUCCCUUCAGGCACGGACGACAACACUGGAGUGACGGGUAACAUCGGCUUGCCCUCAGUAUUUGUGGUGACAAAGGAAGCCUUGGAGGCUGUCAAGUUUGGAAGCCUCGAGCAUGUCACCGUCACUGUCAACAUUGCUCAUCAUUACCGUGGCGAAGUUGAAGUCGAGCUCCGAAGCCCUGAUAGCAUCAUCUCCAUCCUGGCACCUCAGCGACCCCACGAUAACACUACUACUGGAUUCGAGGACUGGACCUUCACCACCGUCAAGCACUGGGAGGAGGACCCCAUUGGACCUUGGACGCUGACAGUCUACGAUCGCGUUAAUGCCACUAACACCGGCACCUUUUUGAAUUGGAAGCUGGGAUUGUAUGGUGAGGUCGUAAACGGUCGUGCAGCCACCCCUCCAGCCAAACCUGCACCACCACCACCACCACCACCGGCAUCGCCUACAACGUCAGCAGCUCUCCCCACCAAGACGGAGGAUGCCGGUAACGCGAACGCUGGCGAAGGACAAACAACUAUCAAGAUCAGCCCAUUCAUUUUUGUCAUGUUUGCCGGAAUGUUUGUUGCCAUUGGAGCAGCGCUCUUCUUGAUGUACCGUCAGAGGACCAACCCUAGGAGCGUGUUUGGAUCUGGCAUCAACGAGGACGAAGAGUCCGGACAGCGUGGCGGAUUGCUUGGUCGCCGUGGAGACUAUGAGUUUGACGAGCUUCCAACUCAUGAGCUGGGCGACUCGGAUGAGGAUUCUGACGAGGACGAGAGGCAGGACCCUGAUGGACGUCGGAUUGUGUUUGACAGAAGCAACCUCGGUGACUCUGACAAUGAGGGAGAGAUAAAGGAGGUCAAGGCUAUCCAGCGCGAGGUGACUAGUCCAUUAUCGAGCGGAGAGGAAAUUGGACGUGAGAGCAGUUUUGAGGAGGCAGAGGAGGAGGAGGAGGAGGACGAUGAUGAUGACGACGAGGAUGACUUUAAGGACCAUCCUGGUGGAGCUGGGUCCAAGGUCAAGGGUGACAGCUGGGACGAGUUUAGCACGCUUGUGAAAUCGAAGGAUGCUCGCUAA